GCAAACUGUUCUGAGUUCAGUUUUUACAAUUAUUGCAGGUUUGAAAUUACACAGUCCAUCCAAUGAUGUUCGUGGUUAACACAAUGGAAGACGGCAAAAGUAAAGAGGUGGAGGAUAUUCUGCGACUUAAUGUUGGAGGUUGUCUGUAUACUGCUCGGCGUGAAUCGUUAUGCCGUUUUAAGGAGUCGAUGCUAGCGUCGAUGUUCAGCGGGCGGUUUCCUCUAAAAAUGGAUGACUCAGGAGCCUGCCUUAUCGACCGAGAUGGCAACCUCUUUAAAUACCUCUUAGAUUAUCUUCACGGGGAUGUCCGGAUUCCAGAAGAUGAACAAAUACGAAUCGCAUUGCAGGAAGAAGCAGAUUAUUUUGGCAUCCCUUACCCUUAUAAUUUGGCUGACCACUUGGCCAACGAAAUGGAGGCAUAUUGCUUAAGGUCAAACACAGAGCUUAAAAAGGCGUUAAUAGGUUUCUGUGACUCUUACGGCUUAACCUGCAUUAAACCAAGUGUUUGGGUCCUACAUUAUCUCAACACUUCUGGAGCAAGCUGUGAGAGUAUAAUAAUUGGUGUUUACGCCACGAAAGCUGACGGAAUGGCUGCCAUUGAAAAACAACUGGAAGGGAGAAUCCACAGCAAAAACAUUUAUAAGAGAGAGGCUGGCAACAACGUGCAAUACAUCUGGAGCUACUAUUCAGUGGCUGAGCUGAAAAAGAUGAUGGAUGCAUUUGAGGCAUGGGAAGGGAAAGGAGUGAGUUACUGGAGAGUGCCUCAGGACCUGAUAGAAUGCUGGACUUUGGAGGAGCGGCCUGUGAAAGGAAGCCUGCAAAACAUGUCUCCUGUCCCGAAACGGCGGUUAAUAGACUACACCGAAGAGGAAAAAAGGGGUUUGGGCAGCAGAACAGGUCGAAAGCCCAUUCAGUUUUCAGGUCCCUCAACGAGUACCCAUAUCAAAGUUAGGAACUCUGCUUCCUUAAAGAUAGCGGCGUGUCAAACAUCUUCUCGGUCCAAAGUGACUCUUAAACGACCUUCUGGAAACAGUUUGUUACGAUGCCAAGCAAGUCCAAAAACGCCGCCUACGAAAUCCGUUUCAUCGACUAAAAACUCUCUGGUGUCCGCUAGGAGUCCUGAGAAUGGGACGGUCUGUGCAAAGACGUUAAAGACCUCGUUGCCCAAGAAACUCGCAACCAGCCGUGUGGUAAAACUCAAGCGGACUCCACUUCGCAAUGAAUUAUCAUCCCAACACUCUUCAUCGGGGCCAAGCGAAACUUCUGAGCAGCAAGGUCUGGCUGUUGCCCGUCCCUCCACUUCAGCAUCCCCAAGCCAGGAAGAGUUUGGGUUCUCGUUGGAAAACGUCAGUCUGAAAAACAGUUUGCCAGGUGGCCAGCUCAAUGAUUGCACAUGAUGUUUACAGUCAUGAUCCUAACCAAAGGUAGAUCUUCCGGCCUUCUUGAAAGAUAGUCGGCUGUGUUUGAAGGCUGAGAACGCUGGACGGCAUGGAGGGAAAUGUGUUUUUACCUUUUUAAUGACGUUAGAAAUUUUAACUCCCCCCCCCCUUCCCUUUGUGGUGUGAAAAGGGCAUGAGCCUUUAUUUUUUAAAUUUGCUGUGCUUUGUAUUGGGGUCUUAUUUUUUGAUGUAGAUCAAAAUUUCUAUACCGAGUUCAUUUUAGAAUGGAACGUAUGUUGGUCUGUGUGUACUCUGGGCAAAAGAUCCAACAAAAAAACCCUACACCCUAAUAAACUUUUAGUAAUUUA